CUAAAAGAAACACGGUCCUCCGUUAGAAAGAGAGAAGAAAGAAAUGACGCGUCACUCCUCGACGGCAACGAUGAUCUUUGCGGCGGUCAUGUCGGUGAUGGCUUUAGUUUCAUUGCCAGAUGUGGAAGCGCAACCGGCUACGACGUGCGUGAGCAAGCUAGUCCCCUGCUUCAGUGCUCUGACGACGACGACGAAGCCACCAAAAGAUUGUUGUGACUCCAUCAAGGAAGCGGUGGAGGAUGAGCUUCCAUGUCUAUGCACCGUCUACAACACUCCUGGUUUGCUCUCUGGGUUCAACGUCACUACUGCACAAGCUCUCAAUCUCAGCCGUCGAUGUGACGUCACCACUGAUCUCUCCGCUUGUUCUGGUACUGGAGCUUCAUCACCAAAAGCUUCUUUACCUCCUCCAGCAGGAAAUAGAGGAAACGACACUGGAGUUGGAAACAAGCUCGCCGGUUAUGGUGUCACCACCGUGAUCGUGUCUUUGGUUUCAACCAUCUUCUUCUGAAACUACUUAACCGGAAUUGCCAUGUUUUCCGAUUGUUUACCCGGUUCGUUAUUAGUUUAUAAUUCUCGAGAUUAUUUGUUUUGGUAAACUUAUAUAAGGAUGAAAUAAAGUUUUGUUGUUGUUCACGUGUCAUUUAUGUCCAUGUUAUAUUAUAAUUAUUUGAUUUUAAUUCUUCUGAUGGGACUGGAGGAUGUUUUUAUUAAAUGUCAUUUUUUC